UGUAGGCUUGCUGAAGAUUACAUUAAAAUACAGGCAGAAAUGAGCAAGCUACUAGAACAAAGGGCUGAACUAGAGAUGCAACUCCAGGAAUAUGAGAAAGAGCAACAAAUGAGUGCUCCUUAUGUAGAACAGUUUGCUAUCCUUACUAGUGAAAAGGAGAAUCUGCUUUUACUUCACAAAAAUCUCAAAACUCAACUUGAAUAUCUUCGACGGCCAAGAACGGCUUUCUGAAGGAAUGUAAAUAGAUCAUUUUUAAUGUAAAUAGAUUAUCAACUAUGCAUGUGUGAACAUGAAAUCGUAGGAUUUCUUAUAAUCCAGUAAGAUGGGAUGG